AUGAACCUGCCAGACUUCUACCAUAGUGUUCGAGUGUCCCAGGCGCUGCUUAAGGCUCAGGAUGUCAGAGUCCAGCUUGCAGAGUGCAAGGCCCACAAGGCUCACGUCGACGAGUACAAGCUCGAUAUCCACCACCACUUGCUAGAGUUGGACACGAAAACCCGGCCCAACCUUCACUUGAUCCAGCAGCAGCCCGAGAUCAACUUGCGCAUGAGACCGUUGUUGCUUGAUUUCUUGAUGGACGUGAUCAACAAGCUCAACUUGUCCAAACUGACGUUCCCGCUCACGGUGAACAUUAUAGACCGCUACUGCUCCGUGAGAAUUGUCAAGAAACAGCACUACCAGCUCUUGGGGCUCACGGCGCUUUGGAUCGCUUGCAAAAACUUGGACUCCAAGUUCCGCAUCCCCAGCCUAAAUGACUUGUGCAAAUACUGCUGCCACUGCUACGACAAGAAGUUGUUUUUGGAGAUGGAGAACCACGUGCUCAAGCUGUUGGGCUGGCUCGUGGACGCCCCCACCUUCGACUCGUUUGUCGACUUGUACAUCAAUGCCUUGGCGCUGUCCUCCUUCUUAGCAGGCUCUAAGAACCCCCACAAAGCAUGCAACGACGUGAAGAUCGUGGCGCUCUACAUUUGCGAGCUAAUUCAGUUCUACCCCAACAUCUACUUCAACUACUCGUCGCCGAAAAUCGCUCUUUUGAGCGUGGUGCUUGCUGCUCUUAUUCUCAACACCUCGUCUGCUUUCACCACCCACGAGUUUUUGGCCUACGUGGCUGCUGAGACUGACGUGGAGAUCAUCAACCACGACACUUACAACCAGGCGUUUGCCUUGUUCAUCAAGGUGCUCAAGUGUCCUCCCCCGCUGCUCAAGACAAAAUACUUCAACGAGGAUCUGCGCUUCUUGAACCUCAUGAAGCAGCUUGUCGCUUUUACUUGGAAACACUUGGCUCCCAACUCGGUGUUUUCCCACACUGGCGCCGCUCCUACUUCCAGCGACUGUGGCGUGAUAGAAUUGAACACCCCUGUCUCCAGAGACGAGCCCUCGGGCUCUCCCACGAGCCUCGGCGGGUCCGUGACGCCCAAGUUCUACCCAGCCACGCCGAUUUCCUCCAGCAUCAGCCCCAAAAACGCCGAUUCCACCGGUUUCGAGCGGCCCGUGCUCACGCCCCAGGCGUCUGCUCCCGUGUACACAAAGUUUGUGCCAGCGUUGCUGCCUCGCACCCACAAGACAUUGCCCUCCCCCAAUCUUCUGCCUGCUGAGCACGACAGACAAAUGUUUGGCGAGAAGCGCAGCUACGAGGGCCAGGCGCCGCCCGUGAAGCGGUCCAAGAGCAUGAGCAAAGCGGUGUUCUACAUUCACUGA